CAACUAUUCUUUUGGAUUUCACAAGGUUCACAUCCUAGACCAUCCGUGUAAGUCAGCAUCUAAACAUUGAUUUGUGGAGAUUUUGGUUAGCACUGUCUGCUCAACUGCGUAGCCAGCAUCAGACCAAAUUAGGGGGAACACAAAGCUGAACAAACACGGAGACAUGCAUCUUGCACUGAUAGUCUAAGGUAAUACACACCGAAAAAUUUCAUGGCGUACCUAGCCGUCCCUGCCUGGUCAAGAUCUAGCUGGGUUUCUGGUGAUAGAGUGGCGCAUCCAACAUGUGGCGGUGCUUGUGGCUCAUUCCCAGCCUUGUUGCUGAGGCAGGAAAGGAGCUAAACGGCGACACAUUGACGCAUUACCACCACCAGCAACGGAGCUAUAGUUACCUAGUAUCAACGUCGCAAACAACAAUCCAUCACCACCACACUCAUAGCGAUACAUCGAUUGGCCAGCCAUACUUGAGCUCUUUCCAGAUACGCCCAUCAUGAAGCCCGUCGUCAGCGCCUUCAAUGCGUGGUCAUGCACCGUUCUCUCCGUUUUCGCCAUUGUUAUUCUCAGCGCUCUCGCAGGUCUCUAUCGAAGCAACCAUGAAGAAUUCACGGGUGGCGUAGAUGAUCCCGAAGAUGGCAAGGCAGUUUCAGACACCAUCUUCAUCGCCGUCCUCGUCUACGUUGCUUUCUUCGUCUUUUGUGGCUUCCAAGGGUUCCUCCAUACCCGAGAAAGCCGUCGAGGCGCGAUCGCUCUGUAACAAUACUAUCGAUCAGCGAGCAGAGCACGACACGGAACCUGGCGUUCUGGGGAUUUUUAUUGAUUUGAGUUUGGAAUGGCAUUGUAUUUGAAAGACGAGCAUUAUAGUUGCGUGGGCAAAAGAGAAGAUCAGCAUGGGAUGAUGAUCAAGACGACGCGUAUACUGUCCAAAGGCACGCGAUGUACAGAAUAUUCUUUGGCUUAGACGGUUUAUUAAGUUUUGCUUCCUACUAUUCAUCCUGCAAUGUAACAUACUGUCUUGUGUGGCUCAAAUAAUAUUACUAUGUUGAAUGACCCGGCCAGCGCUACGUGUGUUCAAGCUUGGUUGGCUGUAC